AGAGCUGAGAGCUGAGCCUGCUGCUGCUGUUGCUGCUGCUGCUGCUGCUGCUGCUGCUGUUGCUGCUGCUGGGGCUGCUGCGGGUGCAGGCAAGGCUUGAAGCGGUGGGGAGGUGGGUCUCCGCGCUUCGGCGCCCGGGAAGGCCCAGGGCGAUUCCGAGGCCUCUAGAACAGCUAGCUCCUGGGGAAGAAGGUGGCGGCUGCAAUCGCGACCUUGGCCAGACCUAGUUCGGUGGUGGACGUAGGGCGGAGGCGGAGGCCGAGCCCGGGCAGGAGUCUUUGGUGAGCCAGAGGGAGGCGCAUCUGGCGCUUAGGUACCAGCGGCAACCCAGAGUCGUGUGCAGCUGGAGAAGCGCAGUAGGACCUGGUGAGAGCCAGCAGGUCUGGAGGGCGGACCUGUGGGUCCUGAGCCCAGUUUUAGGCACCAUCGAGAGCUAAGCCACGCGUCUUUUCGGGCAGCCAGUUUCACGCGCGCGACAGUUUGCGGGUUCCAGGCAUCUCAGAAAUCCUGAGCACGGAGGCGCGGCUAUUGAGAGCCAGAGCCACUUCCCAGACCUAGCCUGGCAGAGGGACCAGCUGCAGGGCUCACCGACCUAACCGCCAGGUCAGAGCACGGGCCCCACCCUAAAGGAGGGCACAGCCGAAGCUGUGAAGCGGGUGCCGCUCUCUGGAGCUCGUGUCGUGGGCGCCGUCCUAGUGGCGGGGAGCGCACCGCCGAGGUGACAUGAGAUCGGAGAAAUCCCUGACGCUGGCGGCGCCGGGGGAGGUCCGUGGGCCGGAGGGGGAGCAACAGGAUGCGGGUGAGUUCCAGGAGGCCGAGGGCGGCGGCGGCUGCUGUAGUAGUGAGAGGUUGGUGAUCAACAUCUCCGGGCUGCGCUUCGAGACGCAGCUGCGCACCCUGUCGCUGUUCCCUGACACGCUGCUAGGAGACCCUGGCCGCAGAGUCCGUUUCUUUGACCCCUUGAGGAACGAGUACUUCUUUGACCGCAACCGACCCAGCUUCGACGCUAUCCUUUAUUACUAUCAAUCUGGAGGUCGCCUGCGCAGGCCUGUUAAUGUGCCCCUGGACAUUUUUAUGGAAGAGAUCCGCUUCUAUCAGUUGGGAGAGGAAGCCCUGGCGGCCUUCCGGGAGGAUGAGGGUUGCCUGCCCGAAGGUGGCGAGGAUGAGAAACCACUCCCCUCCCAGCCUUUCCAGCGACAGGUCUGGCUUCUCUUUGAGUACCCGGAGAGUUCCGGGCCCGCCCGAGGCAUCGCCAUCGUCUCAGUAUUGGUCAUCCUCAUCUCCAUCGUCAUCUUUUGCCUGGAGACCUUGCCUCAAUUCCGUGCAGAUGGGCGCGGUGGAAGCAACGAGGGUAGUGGGACCCGCUUGUCUCCGGCCUCCAGGAGCCACGAGGAAGAAGAUGAGGAUGAAGAUUCCUAUGCAUUUCCUGGUAGCAUUCCCUCUGGGGGGUUGGGGACUGGAGGAACAUCUUCACUUAGUACUCUCGGGGGUUCUUUCUUCACAGACCCCUUCUUCUUGGUGGAAACUCUGUGUAUCGUCUGGUUCACGUUUGAGCUCCUGGUGCGCUUCUCUGCCUGUCCCAGCAAGGCGGCCUUCUUUCGCAAUAUCAUGAACAUCAUUGACUUGGUGGCCAUUUUCCCCUACUUUAUCACCUUGGGCACCGAGCUAGUGCAACGUCACGAGCAGCAGUCUGUGAGUGGUGGCAGUGGUCAGAAUGGGCAGCAGGCCAUGUCCCUAGCCAUCCUCAGGGUGAUCCGCCUGGUCCGGGUGUUCCGAAUCUUCAAGCUCUCCCGCCAUUCCAAGGGGCUGCAGAUCCUGGGUAAGACCUUACAGGCGUCCAUGCGGGAGCUCGGGCUGCUCAUCUUCUUCCUCUUCAUCGGAGUCAUCCUCUUUUCCAGCGCUGUCUACUUCGCAGAGGCUGAUGAUGUUGACUCGCUCUUCCCUAGCAUCCCAGAUGCCUUCUGGUGGGCUGUGGUUACAAUGACCACGGUAGGUUAUGGGGACAUGUACCCCAUGACGGUAGGGGGCAAGAUUGUGGGCUCACUGUGCGCCAUUGCUGGGGUCCUCACCAUUGCAUUACCGGUACCGGUCAUUGUCUCCAAUUUCAACUACUUCUACCACCGAGAGACGGAGCAGGAGGAGCAAGGCCAGUAUACCCACGUCACUUGUGGGCAGCCCACUCCGGACUUGAAGGCAACGGACAAUGGGCUUGGCAAACCUGACUUUGCCGAGGCUUCACGGGAACGCCGGCCCAGCUACCUUCCGACUCCACAUCGAGCUUAUGCGGAGAAAAGGAUGCUCACCGAGGUUUGAUGGAUGCGGGCAGGCCUGCAGGAAAACAGGAGCUCUGAGCAAGUCAUCUCUCAGGCUUCCUUCUCAUGCUCACUACUUCCGCCUUAGCUCCAGAGGACCUCGAACCCCCCUCCCCCCUAACACAGUACAUGGCAUCUUGGACCAAAUAUCUGGACUGUAGACUGUUGCUCGAUCCUCGCAGCAUUCGAGGUUUCUCCAUCUUAGUGACAUUUUGGAAAUUUCAACGGUGCCACCCAAUCAUGCCCAUCAGUCACGUGGAUGAGAUGCACGUUUCUGACUGAUCUUCCCUCAAGACUGAGUUUUCAUGCCUGGGUCUUGUAAUAUCUCUAGGAAUGGUGACACCAGUAGAAUAGGAAGCAGCUACACUCAGGUCCCUUCUUUAGUGUCCUUUGCUUUGGGUCAUGCACCUUCCUUACUUAGCUUCUGGUCACUUGGUCACUGGCAGAAUCUGGAGAAUGGAAAAGAUUUCAGCUUGGCAUUUUAGUGCCCAAGCCAUCUUCUGACUGGUAGAGCUAUUAGCUGCACGGCUUUGAAAGAUAUGGCUAAAUUUGGAUGGAAUUAGAGAAAAUACUACCCAACUGGAUUAUUUGAAGGACAUGAAGGUCAGUUUUAGACCAAUGGGGGCCGGUGGAUUUCUCUAGUUGUGAUCUGUCACAGGAGAUGCUGGCAGGGGUCUACAUUAGUCCUCACCACUCUGAUUCCAUGACUUCCUUGCGCUUCCAGGAAGAAACUUGGCACUUUCUCAGAGCCAAGUUCUUUUUAUGUGCAAGCGCCUUCGUGUGCAGAGGAACUGGAAAAUAGAACUACAGAGACAGGAGAAAAGGCUGACCAGAGCCAAAGGACUGGCUGGACCACAUAUCUGAAGCAAGGUGCCACUUAAGCAGAGACUGUCACUUAGAACAGGCAGAGGGACUCUGCUGCAGACAGCAGCCAAUUCCUCCAGAUUAGCUCAGACCUCUUUAAGAUAUCCUCCACCCUUUUUCCUGGGAAUCUGACCUAGGAUUGCAAAUGGAUUUGUUUUUAUAAAGCAACCUCAGCUGUAACCUACAGACAGGUGAGUUCACACAUUGAAUGCCAGCAUAGCUUUCCUCUUAUGCCACAGGCAACAGCCUUUGGUUGGGAGCCAGGGAAGGGCACGGUCAUUUUGUUGGCAGCCUCUCUCUUAGAGGAUUUUGCUGAGUCAAGCAAACGUUUGUCUGCUCAGCUCUUCCUUUGGAGCUGCAUUGGGCCUGCUAAGGUAACUCGGUCGUUCCUACUUGGACCAAGCCAUCUUCUCCCAUUGUGAAAUCACUGCCACCCUCCCAGCUGCCCACUGCCCCCUCCCCCAGUAACAUUGCCAUUCAGUUUUGCCUUUGAUAAACUGUGAUACACUCUUCUCAGUUCUCAUGGGUACAGCUCUGAAACUCAAAGGACUGUUAACAUGUUUUUAAUUUUCUAUUGAUGCUUUAAGACUCUUCGAAGGGAAUGGCUUUUCAAAAGAUUUUUUUUUUCCCUGAAGAACAACUUAGGAAGGAGUGACCUUGAUGGUUGGCUUGAGAGGCCACUGUGGCUCCACUCUGAGUUUUGCCACAGCUUUACAGGGUAACUCUGGUGUCAUGGUCCCUCUUUGUGCCUCAGUUCCCCCCACCCAUUAAAUGAGAACAUUAAUGUCUUCGCCUCCUUACCUCAUGGGGAAUUAUCAAUAAACUCACCCAGGAGGGUGGGGAGGAUGCUAUGCAAAUGUGUGAAUUAUAGUAAUGGCCUUGAGUUUUAGUUCACUAUACUGCCUGCCUAUCUCUCAAAGGCAUGGCCUUUCCUCAGAACUUUCUACCAUGGAUCCAAAGCCUAAGACUAGGCCAUCGUAGACCAUCAGCUCUCUAAGUCGCUCCCUGCCAUCUUGGGCUGGGUCUCUCCAUCCUUUCUCUCACCCGUCAGAAAAGGAGUGUAUUCUUGCAUUAGACUUGGUGGCCAGAAGUCACCUUAUCUGGGAGCUUAACUUCUCCAAGCCUGCAACAUAGUAAAAGGCUGAGAUGGUUGAGACUCAGAGAUCUAUUCUAAGGCCAGUAAGAAAGUACUUUCUGUUUCCAAUGAUUUUAGUUACUCCAUGCCCACCCCAGUGGCCAAAGGGAUGUCUCCAGCUGAGGGUGGAUGGGGGGACAUGUGUGCAUGGACCUCUGUGUAUGUAUAGAUUGUCACCCUCAUCACUGUCCCUGUCCUUAUGCAAACAUUGCCUUUUCAAGUCAGAGCAUGCCUGAAAGUAAAAGGUUUGUGGAGAGCCAGGCUCUCCAGGGACUCUGGUUGCUGUAGCAACCUUCCAGACUGUUCUCUCUACUGAUUUGGGUAUCAAGGGAGAACAGACUACAUAUCCCAGCUUCUCACACGGGAACACCUCCAAUCUAUUGGUUUAGGCAUUGGCAGAACUAAAAUAAGGACUCAGGACCUUUGGCAAUGUGGAGGGAGUAGAUUCCCAACACUUCCUGCCUAGACCUUUCUUCCUGGUUCCCUGUAUGGUCAUGGAAGCCGCCACAUCUUACUCCGAGUCUUCAGAAACUUGAAUGCUUAAAACCUGCCCAAUUCAGCCAGAAGCAAGGUUAAGGUUUUCAAAGGAAGACCUCAGAGAGGGGUAUAAAAUGUCCCCUCCAUCGCAGCCAGACUGGGCCUUGAGGACACAGAUGACACCAAUCUGGGAUGUCAUGGUAUUCUCAUCUCAGGCGCAGGUUCUUCCCAGCCCUAAGAGAGAUCAAGAAGGAUGAAACUCCUCCCUCCCAGGGAGCAACACUGCUCCUGGCAAAAUUACAGAAGUGAUUCUUAAGAUGUCAGACAGAAACUGAGAGGCUGUGACUAUCAAGUUUUUGUGGAGAAUUUUGUCCAGUGAGCUCUCCCUGCUUCUGAGCCUCCAUGUGGAUGAUGUAACCGUGUCAUCAAGAGACCAUGCACCACCUUGUGCUGCCUCAACAGCUGGAUCAAUAGGACCACAGCUGCUCAAGAAGGUGGGGUUCAAGCCAUCUCGAUGACUGACGUAAGCCAGUGGGGGCUCCCAGAGGAUACUCUGGGACUGCCAAUUUCUGCUUGGGAUGAGGACAGCCCUCCUGCCUAGCAUCCCAGAGGAGCAAGGGACAGCUGGCCUUUCUUGCCUCUGAGGCAGGUUCUCACUAUAUAGCCCCAAUUGCACUGGAUCUCACGGUGUAGACCAGGUUGGCCUUGGACAUGCAGAGGUCCAUCUCCUUCUGCCUCCUGAGUACUGGAACUGAAGGGUUGUGCUGCACGAGGCCACUCUGGAAAACCUAUGCAUCCAAAGAGUACCCGAUCUUGAACUUCUCUGGAGGAUGAGACCCCCGCCUCCCCACUGAAUAACUCAGCCGGACAGCCCCUGGUGGCCUUCCACAAGCAGUGACUGAGACGGAAGGAAAAGGAAAAGGCUGAGAUGGGGGGGGGGGCUCCUUGCCAGUGAACGAUGGGAUUCUGAGUGUUGGGGUGGGGCCAGAGGAGGAGAAGGAGAGUUGCUGGUCUGAUCAAAGGAGAGGAGGUGUUAGGAUGAUCUGGGAUCGGAAGAAUUCCUGAGUGUGCUGCAGAGUCGCCCAGGCACUCGCUGGCUGAGGAAGAGUAACUAAUAAAUAAAUGACAGUCUCAGA